AUGCAGCGACGCGAGCGCGCGUUGUGGUCGUUAGAACACGCGCUGUCGAGCCCCGAAAUCCCGCUCGACGUCAAGGUGGAGGUGAAAAACGCGUGCGCGGCGUCGCUCGACGACGAGACGCUGGCGUCGUGCGAUUCGCUCGUCGUGCGAUUGUUUGACGUUUUAUCCCGCGCGCGCGAUGCGUUGAUCGCCGGUGAGGGCGCGAUGCGAGGAAACAGCGCGCGCGCGUGCGCGGACGCGCUGCACGCGGUGACGACGCGACGCGACGCGCCGGAAACGCUGAAAAGGAGAGGGAAAGACGUCGUCGAGGCGCUGCGCGGCGAGUGGUGCUUCGCGGCGGCGAGAGAGACGCGGAACGAGGGAGGGACGAGCCCGGUGCGAGGAUGGAAAGCGAUGGAGAAUUUUUGGAUGCGGUGGCGAACGCUGACGAUCGGUGACGGAGGGCUGGGCGAUGGGAGCGCGUUGGGAACGAAGGCGAAGAGGACGUACGACAUGGUCGAGCGCGCGGAGAGCGAUAUGCGGUUGCCGAGCGACUGGGAGAGUCGCGUGCCCACGGCGGAGGAUAUAGCGCAAGAUUUACAAACGUUGUUCACAGAUCUGUGCGAAAGCGGUGAAUUGAUGAGUUUCUUGAGCGUCGUGAGGAACGAUAUCUCGAGCGGGAGGUACAAGGUGCAGGUGAGAGGAGACGGGCGCGUGGCGCGGCAAUCGGGCGCGAUGACGGAUUCGAUUGGACUCGAGCCGCACCUCGAGGGAUUGGGUCGAAAGCUCAGGGCGGAGGCGACGAGACACCGACAAGAACCGCCGUUAGGUGCUCUAACCGCCGUGCCGGAAAGCUUUUCCUCGCCGCCGAAGCGCGUACACAUAGCGGCUCAACGAAAAAAGAACGCGCGAACCGUGGAGUGGGAUUCGCAAAACGACCAACCAGACGACAACGACAAAGAAGAAGAAGACAAAGAUGAACACGAAGAUAUCGCGCCCACACAGCAAACCCCUCGCGCAAAGCCAUCACCAUUAACCAAUUUAUCUUGGGAAGAGGUCGGAUACCGCACGCCACGCGCGAAUCUACCCGCCAUUUCGCCGGCGCCCAGGGCUGCGCUGAAAUCGCCGUCGACGCGCAAGAAGCUUCACGUGAAGGUGAAGUGGACGGACGCCGAAGUCACGUGUUUGCACCUCGGCGUGCAAAAGUACGGCAUUGGGAAUUGGGCGAAGAUUUUGAACGAUCCGACGCUCACCAACGGCUUUCACACGUCUCGCACCGGCGUGCAUUUGAAGGACAAGUGGCGCACGAUACAACGACAAGCGCGUUGA